CCGGCCUGGGCCCGGGAGCUCUGCGCGAGCGGAGUGCUGACGUGCCGGCGCGUGUGAAGACUUUCCGGGGUCAGGGCGCGUCACGGACGCUGGACAUCCCGGAGGCAGAUUUGUUUCCGGCUCCGCAAAGCGCGGUGUCGCGUCUCCCCGCGUCAGACGCUCCUAGUCAAUGCCGUCUUGUGGUCGCGUGUGCUGCUGCACCCAAGCCCACCCUCCCACCGCAAGGACCGGCGCAGCGUGCAGUGUGGAAGGCCCGUGCACAGUGAGCAGUGUGAAGGUCCCGGUGCACACAGGAGGAGGCGUGCCCCCAAAGGUCCCGCAAGAGCCGGUCCCAGAAUCCGAAGUUUUCUAAUGUGUACUGAAUGUACAGAGGCCAGAUGUGCUAGUAAACAAGUGGUUCCCCACACCUAGGAGGUUAAAGCCAAAGGAUUUCAAGUUCCUGGACCACAUGAACAGCGACUGCUCCCAGUACCUUGUGAACUUGGUUAAUUAGCCAGCAGCUGCUGUGUGCGUGGCCUUGCUGCUGAAGAGGAGAUGGCCUGUGCUGAGUUUUCUCUUCAUGUGCCAAGUCUAGAGGAGCUUGCUGAAGUUUUGCAGAAGGGGCUAAAGGAGAACUUUGCUGCUGCCCAGGUCUCCGUGGUUGACUGCCCUGAUCUGACUAAGGAACCAUUUGCCUUUCCUGUAAAAGGCAUCUGUGGGAAAACCAGAAUUGCAGAAGUAGGAGGUGUGCCUUACUUAAUGCCUCUUGUAAACAGAACAAAAGUUUACGAUCUGAAUGAGAUUUCAAGAAAGAUCAAACUGCCUGGAGCUUUUAUUCUUGGAGCAGGGGCGGGCCCAUUCCAAACCCUCGGGUUCAACUCUGAGUUUAUGCCAAUUGUUCAAACAGAAAGUGAGCACAGCCAUCCUGUGAACGGAAGUUACUUCGCCCGUGUUAACCCUGCAGAUGGAGGAUGUCUGCUGGAGAAGUAUAGCCAAAGAGGCCAUGAUUUUGGGUGUGCGUUACUGGCUAAUCUUUUUGCCAGCGAGGGCCAACCUGGCAAGGUCAUUGAGGUGCAAGUCAAAAGAAGAACCGGACAGCUCAACUUUGUGACCUGCAUGAGGCAAACUCUGGAGAAGCAUUAUGGGAACAAGCCUGUGGGGAUGGGAGGCACCUUCAUCGUACAGAAGGGAAAAGUCAAGGCCCACAUCAUGCCUGCAGAGUUUUCCUCCUGCCCGCUGACCUCAGAUGAGGCUGUCAAUCACUGGCUACAUUUCUAUGAGAUGACGGCUCCUUUGCUUUGCCUGCCAGUUUUUGUCUCCAAAGACCCGGGGCUGGACUUGCGGCUGGAGCACACCCAUUUCUUCAGUCACCAUGGUGAAGGUGGGCACUACCACUACGACACCACUCCGGACUUGGUGGAGUAUCUCGGCUACUUCUCACCUGCACAGCUUCUCUACCGAAUUGACCAGCCAAAGGAGACCCAUUUGUUUGGAAGAGAUUAAAUCCGCCGAUGCCUACUUAGAAAAAGGAAUGAUUAGCUAAGGAUAAACAGCACUUUAACUGAUACUAAUGCAAAAUCCAAUAGAGGGCUGGGGAUGCCCCAGCUUAAUAAUCCUCAGCGCUGAGAAAGUGAUUCCAAAAGAGCCAUUUCACCUCUUAAAUCUUCUCCUCCGCCUCCUCCUCCUUCUUUUUUUCCUCCCUUCUUCCUCUUCCUCCUCCUCUUCUUCUUCCUCUUUUGAUAUUUGAGCAGGCAAGGGUAUGGCCACAUGGUGUUCAUGUUAUUUUGUAGCUCCAUGUGAAGGAGAUUAUCAGGAACAAAGAUCUAUAACUGAGGCAUUGUCUUUUCUUCUGCUCCCGUUUGUUAAGCCAGUUUCAUUUGUUUAUACCACCAGCAGAGUUUAUCUUAGGUUUAUACUCCAGACAUAAUCGUGUGAUUAUUCUUACUGUCUAGUCAUAACUUACAUUUGUGUGACAUUGCUAAAUUUAAUUACAUAAAUGCUAAGUAGAUUCUUACCAGGCAUUAAAAUCAGUGUUUGUAAAAUGUUGAAAGUUGCUAAAUCUUUGCAAUGAAUUUUAAAAAUCCACUCUGGAAGUCAGAGUAGUCCGUGUUCAUGGCACUGGUGGGCAAGGGAGUGCUUUGCUUUUUGGGUGGAGCUAAACCACACUCAAGUUUGCAGUCUGCCUUUCCACCAACCUUAGCAACUGUUUGAUUAGCUCUUGUUUGACUGCCUGUCAGCACUUUGUGCCUUCAUAGCUGUUCUCAAGAAGAGAAGAGAAAUAGCAACAAAAUACAAUGUUGAUAUGAGUGGGCUUUACGGUUGUUGCCGAAGAGAUACAAAGUUACAGUCUUGGGGCUAGGUAGGGUGGUUAAGAGCACUGACUGCUCUUGCAGAGGCCCUGGGUUUGGUUCCCAGCACCCACAUGGUGGCUAAAAUUCAUCCUUAACUCCAGUUCCAGGGGAAUCCGAUACCCUCUUCUUACCUCUACCAGCACCAGGCACACACAUGGUGCACUUAACAUACAUGCAGGAAAACAGUCAGUAGACUAAAAUAAAAAUAAAACUAUACUCUUUUAGUGACUAGUGUGUGCCCUUCGUCUAUUAGACUGUGAAGACAUGAACCCCAACAAACUGGGCUUUCCCCAGGAGCCUCAUGCUGGGAGAAGGAAAGGCUGAAGCCUGGUAGGAGCCGGAGGGGAACCUGUCUCCCAGGAAAACAUCUCCUACCGUUCUGUAGGAGAGACAGGAGCCUAGGCAGUGGUGGCGGGCAGGCAUACCUGGACCAAGACUGCUUAGUUAGGCAUACCUCUUACCCUCUGCUGAAACCUGAACCUCACGUCAGGAUGCCAAGAUAGACUCGGCAGGAUGGGAGUGGGGAGGGAGUAGAGGUCCCUGGAUCUCUUUGCUCCACUUCCUUAAUGGUCACAUUGAGUAAAUUUACUUUUUUUUUCUUUUCAAAAGAAAAUGACAUUCUUUUAGUGGUGGUAGUGUUUGAAAUUUUCCUUGAUAUUCAUCUGUAUUACAAAUCAGCUAUUCAUGAUUAGCCAGAAAUCAGCUCUCCAGUCUCACUAAUGUCAUCAAGGUGCAAAUUAGGAACUCCAGUGCUGAUCCUGUAAUAGUGUGUUCUGAUUGUUUACUUUGUAUACAUACAUGUCUUGUGAGUAUAAAUUGCUAAGUGUUAUUUUUAAAUAAAUACUUUUGAGGCAAAACUGG